ACCCACAGCCCGCAUAACCUUAUUUGUCAGCCCUGUCACCCUGUCAACAUGAUGUUAGUCUCUUCAUCAAAUAGAGUAUUUCCAUUUUCUCAGGAGACAAGUCAAUGACGCACGGGAGUCGGCCACGUCUUGCCCCAACUCUUUCUCAAGCGGUGGGUGCCAGGGAACUAUAUAAGGAGAGCGAGGCUUGGUUGCUGUCCCAACCCCGGCGUCGAACUGAAAAUCGAUAAAUUGAUAAAUUGAUCCGUAUAUACUCCCUCACCUACUGAGACCACACCAUCAAGAUGGCUGUCUCCUUUGCUCUUUGUGUUCUGCUGGCUUGUCUGGGAACAGCAGUCGCCGACAAUGCGCAGGAGUCCACUCAGAACGGUCAGGCAGCCCGCAGCCCGCAUUGCCUGUCGCGGGCAACUCCAGUGGCUGACCUCCUCGCCAGGCAUUUCGCAGGAAUUGUUCGAUCGGUUUAGCUUCUUCGCCGAAUACGCGGCCGGCUGCCACGACGGCGUCGACUGCGGUGCGGGCAAUUGCCCCAAUGUGACCAGCGCCAAUACCACCACGGUCGCAGAAUUCAACUCCACCAGUCUCUACAACCAGGGAGUGUCCGGCUUUGUGACGCUAGACCACACCAACGAGCUCAUCGUUCUUCAAUUCGGGGGCACCAACACGUGCCCGAAGGUCGAUGUCGACCUCGACUAUGACUUCGUCAACGUGACGACAUUUGGGGCAGCCUCGUGCUCGGGGUGUCAGAUCCACCAAGGGUUUUGGAGGACGUGGAUCAACACCAAAAACGUGACGCUGCCACCGGUAGAGAGGGCGAUGGCCCAGUACAGCGAGUACGAGGUUGUCUUCGUAGGGCACAGUCUGGGGGCCGCGCUGGCCACCGUCGGAGCCGCCGAGUUUCGUACGCACGGCCCUCAUCUGAGAGCCAAACAACCGUACAGCUAUGCAUCACCCUCGGUGGGCAACUUCGAGCUGUCCGAGUUCAUCAGCAAUCAAAGCAGCGGAGUGACCUACCGACUCACCCAUUCCGAUGAUAUCGUUCCCCGGAUCCUAUACGACGCGGCCUGGAUGUGGUUCAUCCCCGACUAUAGUCAGCUGUCUCCCGAGUAUUGGAUCACCACUCCCUCCUAUGUGACGCCAAAUGCAAGUUCCAUUCAAGAAUUGGAGGGCAUCAAUAAUACAGAAGGCAACCUGCAGUAUCGCCUUCGGGACGGACCAAAGCCGGCCGCCCAUCUCUGGUAUAUCCAGAACAUGACCAUUUGUCCCGGCCCGAUCCUCAGUCUCGCCGCAUGCUGUAACGAUACUUACCGCACACAGGUACUCUGCAAACUGCUCGGAGUCCAGAAUCUGACAGCUGCGACCGGGACCUGAUUCUGGGGUAAGGAGACGCUCUUGUGAACAGAAUCGAUAUCAUCUCCGUCGGUUCUGUGGGCUUUCGUAGCCACCCGGCAGAUCCAUGACAUACGGGCGGCAUUUAUCUGGUGAGGCUGAUGUAUCUUCACCGGGCAUAGUCCUCUUGAUUCCACCUCCUUUGUGCGAUUAGUUAAUCCCCCCCGCAAAAAGAAAAAGAAGAAAGAAACGCACUACGAUCGCUCCAAGGGCGGUAAACCUAGCGUUAACCAUUUAUUUGA